UCUAAUUUUGCUCUGCGCCCACGAGACAGUACAACACGAGGAUGGCAGCUUGCUUCUCAAGCGGCAGCCUCCCGUGCACCAAGGCCGACUGGCCAGCGUGCGGCUACGCGUUCGUCAGUGAUGCGCCAUUCGCCGUGCUGGGCGUCCUCUGGCUCGGCUACGGCCUCGUCCACCUCCGCCGCAGUGGCUCGGCCGGUUCGUUCUUGCACUCUAACGUGGACGCAAUCCAUGACCCGGUCGCGCAAGGCAUCGCGAUCGCGCUGGCGCAGCGCAAGUCGGACUCCCGUCGCCGCGUCCGGCUGCAGCGGUACGUAAAGCUGCUUGGCAUGUGGGCCGAGUGGCCAUCGUACACGUACACGCCGCUCGCCAUUGGGCUCCAAGCCACGGGCGCCCAUGGCCUCAUAAACCCCAACCUCAUUACCUUCAACGACUACAGCGAGAGUCUCAACGUUAUCGUGGCGGUUCUGAGCGGCAGCGUUCUCUUGCUCCUUCGGCACUGGCGGCGCGUCCAGCACGAGCCAUUUUUGCGCCGGUUCGGCUACCCGCUUGUGUUUGAUUUGCUCUACAUCCCGUUCAUUUCAACGUGUACGCGGCUCGCAACGUGCCCACGGGGGUACGUGCAUUUGUCGCUACCGGGCGGCGCAACAUGUGACUGCCUCGAUCGUUUUGGCAUCUUCUGGGCCGUGGGGUUUGCGGGUUUUCUGCUCUUGUACAGCAGCGCGCUCCACUACAAAAUGUACAUUGAGCCCACGGGAACGACGAUGGAGUUUCGCUUUCAGCGUGGCUUCCAAGUCAUUAUGGUCAUGGCCCGCACCCUGAAUCCGAUCUUGUCCAUGCGCGCGAACGACAGCGUGUUUACGCAGAACCACACGAUAACCGUGCUUGCAAUGCUCGCGUUUCUCGUCGGCGUGCUCUUCCUCCUCGUGUACUCGUACCGAAUCCAACCCUGCAUUGGCAGCGGCCGCAUCCCCAACAACAUUCGCGUGCUCUCGUUUGCAAGCUCGCUCUACACCGCUCCUUUGCCGAUCGUGUGGCUCGCGGCGUGGAACCUCAACGCGCGCCGAGCGACGCACUACCAUAUUCCCCACCUCUCCAUUCUGGAGCUCCUCCAAAUGCCGUCGUCCCAAUGCAAGCUCGUGGGGACGAUUGCGGCGCUGCACGUGGACGCAACCAAAAUCGCCAAGUUCUCGCGGUCUGGCGAGCUUCUCUGCCGCGCGUACGCGAUUCGAGUUUUGUGGUUUUGCCACAUUGAGAAUUUUCGAAAAACCAAGACCUGCGUGGGCGAAAUGACACCCGAGACCGCGGUGCCCUCCAAGCUCUGGUGCAAGGACCGGGCGAUAACGCUGCGGCUCACCAAAGCACACUCCACCAAGUCCUCCUCUGCGCUUCUGGACCCCACCGCCUCGUCCCGAAAGCGCGUCAAGAUCUACCGUGUCUCGACCAUCACAAUCCCGACGCCAAUCAACGACGAGCCCGAGGAAUUUAGCCGACAUGUGGUCCACGACGCGCACAGCGUUCGGAAAUGGCCCUUCAAAUGGUGGUACCGAUCGUCCCAGCACAGCUUCCGCGUCUCCAAUAUCAAAACCGCACCGACCGAAGCGUAUCACGUGGUGUGCAUUGGCGACAAGCACUGGAUCUCGCGCGUCGAGGAGCCGGCGGCGGCGCAUUUCCAUUGUGUCAGCUUGUACCACAUGGCACUCGAGGCGCUGGCGCAGAGCUGUGCGCAGAGCGACGAGCGCGCUAUGCACGAAGUGGCGAGUUUGCUUCUCGAGUGGUACAACGCGCGGUACCUCCGCGUCAAUGGCACGAUUCUGACGCAUAUACUCUCGACCUUGUGCGCGACGAGCGACAUCACGCUGGUAACAGACGCGACGCUGACGCUGCUCAAGGUCUUUGGCGACGGCGUCUUGCCCUACGACCUCUGGCUCCGCAACGCGUCGUACCUCAACCACUUUAUCUUGGUAUUCAAGCAGCCGCACCCUCCAACGAUCCUCCGAGCUGCGACGAUCUUGAAGCAUGUCUUGGCGCUCGGCGAGGCGGAUGAGAAAACGAACCUCUUCCAGCUCCUCACGCCCGAGUCGAUUCGACUGAUUCACGCCGCGCUGUACGGAUGGCACCACGACUAUGCGAUCAGCAGCCUCCUCGAAUCGAUCUGCGACAGCUUGUACAAGAUUGAGUUGCACAUGCACGCGCAUCGGCUGCAGGAGCAGCUGCGCCGCAAAGCAUCGCUGGCGCAGACCAAAAGAACACGAAGUGUGCGCGAGUUUCGCAGCUCCGGGUCCUCGAUCCUCUCGCGCCGAUCGCACCGGUCGCACCGGUCGGUUCGACACAAGAGCGCCAACCUGUCGAUGAUUCGAUCGUCGUCGCGUCGAUCCAGUCUCGUGACGGGCGCGUCCAGCUAUUCGCAGCUUCCGCUUCCGAUGCCGUCGCACCGCUCGACGGGACGGUUCCAGUCGUCGGCGGGCGCGUCGUUCAAGGAGCCUGCCGACGCGAUCCAGACAACGACGACAGCACACGAGAGCAAUCUGGCGUCCGCGACCAGCCGUGGCAACUCCCAGCCAACCGUGUACAAUGCAGUACCAGUGCCUCGGCAGGCUUUUCUCGAGCUCCAGGCCGUCGAGGCCGAGACAGCCGACGUUGUCCCGUUCAACACACCCGAAAACGACGAGCCUUUGCCCCCACCGAAGCCUCUUCCAAAACCAAUGCCGGACCGCACGCAACGCCUCGCGACGACGCCGACGCAGCCGCUCGUGUUUGUGACCGUCGAGCUCCUGAGUGAGCUGGAUCGGCGGCAGUCGCUCCGAGCGCAGUUCCAAGAACUCUUGUGCGAAGCUCUCGAAGGGUACGAAAGGGCCGUGCAGCACCCGACCACCGCCCAGUGGCUUGCGGCCCAGCUGGCCCAGUCGCCGGUCGCGGGCAGUCCGCAGAAGCGUCGGCAGCGGCACGGCGACCAUGAUAUUUUGGACAAGUUUUCAAGAGUUCUCGAGCUCUACACCUUUGCCGAAAAUUGUGCGAUGAAGGAUUUCGUCACAUGCGGCCUGGACCCGCGGCUGCGCACGUUCUUUGAAGAUCACGUCGUCCCAUUUUAUGCCUUCGUCACAACCGCUUGGGCAAAGACGCCAAAGUCGCGCUGGUGGCCGCGCAUGUCGUAACCUUACAGUUAGUUUGCGGUCCAUCAUGUAGACAGGCAACGGAAUUGAAUACAAUUUUAGUCGAGGAA